AUGGCUAUGUUUAGUAAAGGGGAGGCAUCGCCACUUGAUAGGGACGAGAACGGUUCUACCCUGUUAUAUUCCCGCAGCGCCAACAUCCCAACCCUCACCAUCGAGCGCAUGUUUGAGUUCGAGACGGAGUGCUCCUACGCAGACGACUGGCUGCGGGUCUUCCAGCGCAACUUUCUCCCAGGGUACCACGACCUUCCGCUACGAGACAGAGCAGAAGCCGUCCGUCUCGGCGCGUUCACAACACAAGACGUCCACGUGUACCGGAGGUUGCUUAACGAAGACGGUGUGAUCACGGCAGAUGACGUGCGCGCGUCCGCUGAGGUCGGGUUCUCGCUCGUGCACUCUGCCGCAGCCGCGCUGGGAAAGCGGUUCGCGCAUGAGAUGCAGUUCAACCCGCGCCUUGGCCGCGAUGAAGACGUGCCAGUGCAAGAAGACGAGGAGUCAGAGGGAUGGAGGACGUCGAUGGUGCGGCUUCAGGCAUGGACUGGGGGCUGGAGCUACACCUUUGCCGAGACCCUCAGAGCUGCCGGGCGGAACCAGCUGCACGGAGUGGAAACCGUCGUCCCAUGGGACUGGUAUCGCGUGCCGGUGUGGACGGGCACGCCGCUUAUCUCGGUGCUCGGCGGCGCCCUCUGCCGAAUCUCGCCCGAUCUCCCGUGGCAGAAAUGGGACGCCAUCUUCCGAGGCGUGCUAAGACAAUGGCUACGAGACCUUAGAGAUGCUGAUGUGGACCUCCUACAGUACGGCAGAGGCGAAGCGCUCAAGGUCAAGUCCACGGCGCCGGAGGUCAAGGGCGCGUUCGACGCUGAUGCCGUAGCCGCCUCGCGCAGACACGUCCGCACCUCACUGCGGAUGAGAGAGUCGUGGAUGCAGAUGGUGGACGACGAGCACCCAAGGAGCGAUCUUUACUGGCUGUCCAUCCGCAUCAUCGGUCUGGAUUACGGGCCGCAGCUGAGGGACUGGCGGCUAUGGUGGGCGCCUGAGUUUGAGGUCUUUGCCGCCGAGUUCUGGGCGGGUAUUGAUCAGCGGAGGCCGGUCAUGCCGGGGUCUUGGAUAGACCCGUGA